AUGAUAAAAAAAUCUCACGUUAUCACUAAAAAAGGAAAAGAUGAAAAUUCUGAUGAAAAAGUCAUAAUACAAAAGAGUAAUUUUGAUGCAAGUUCUCGUCAAAUAGAACAUGCUAUUUUAAUUGCACUUUUGGAGCAAAUUAUUUCAGUAUUAGAAGCAUCAGACCUUUUGCUUGAAGUUUGUAUUGACAGAGAUCUAGAUUUUAAUAAAACUUUAGCCAAUAUUCCUGUUGAAUUAAUUCUGUACAAAUACAAAGCGGAGGAAAGAAUACGAGCAAAUACAUUUUAUCUUUUCUUUGCAAAAUUAAUUAUAGAUUUUGAUGCAAUUAUCAAGUGUCAGGGGUGGCAGGAACGUUUAUUAAAUAAAAAUUAUACUUAUGUUAAUAAGCAAAAAUGUUUAGAUCUGAAAGAAAUGGUAACUUUAGCAGCACAAAUGAUUUUUGGGUAUGAUCAAUUGCGAGAAGGACAACUUGAAGCUGUAGAGUCAUAUUUAAGUGGUAAAGAUACAUUAGUAUCAUUGAAAACUGGAGGAGGAAAAACGUUUUGUUACGCAAUUUGCGCACUGCUUUUUGAAGGAAUAACAAUAAUUAUCAGUCCGUUAAAGGCUUUAAUGGAAGAUCAAAAGCGGGAGUUGAUACAUUUUAGUAUACCUUGUGCGUCAAUUUACGCGAAUACUACACAAGGAAAAAUUGAACAAAGCAAGAUAUUUGAAGAAAUUGUUCUUGGGUUUAUAAAAGUAAUAUUUGUUACAUCUGAAAAGCUUUGUUUAAAUAAGGAAUUCCAAUAUUUCAUUAACAAUAUGUAUAACAAAGCAAAAAUGCAUUUUGUGAUUGACGAGGCUCAUUGUAUUUUGGAUUAUAGUAAUUUUAGCAAAUUUGGUACAGCAUAUCGGACGGGCAGACGUGAUGGUAAUGAAGCAAAAAGUGUAAUAUUUUAUUCAGUAAAGAAAGAUUUAAAAACAAAUUUUGCGAUUUUGGCUGAAAAUUGUGAAACGUAUUUUAAUAAUCAAAACAUAGCUGAUGAUGAACGUGAACGGACAUGCUAUCUUGAUACUGGAACACACAAAAUUUGUGAAGUUCUUUUAUUUUGUCAAAAUCAAUAUGAAUGCUGUGUUCAAUUAAUAAAUCGUUAUCAUCUUUGGAAUGGUGAUAAUAUUCCUGCUCCUUGCUUAAAGUGUGAUAAUUGUAGAAAUCGAAUAAAAGAACGGCCUACUUAUGGAAAUUGCAUUGAUGAUAUUUUUCAUUUAUUAGAAAUUAUUGAAGAAAUAAAAAAUAAUACUAAUUGUGAAAUUACUGAAGAUGAUAUAGUAGAAGUUUUUUGUAAAUCAAAUACAAGAAAAAUUCGAGAAUCAGGGUUAACUGAAUUGGAAUCAUAUAAAAAUUUGGUAGUACGUGGUUAUGUAAAACAGAAAAUUUCACUUUACCGUUCUUCACCAAGUGCACAAACUUUGUUAGCCAAUAUGUUUAUAAUAGGACUUGUAGCUGGAAUAAAAGAAAAUGUUAUUGCAGAUUCGUGGUAUUACUGGAUAAAUAAAAAGUAA